AUGAACGCGCCAGUGAGAAAGCUGAGGCUGCCGCCUCUGGAGUCCGUCUGGAGCUGGCCCCGGUAUGUCAGUCCGCAUCUAGCCGACCUCGAGGAGGAGUGCUUGGAAUGGAGUGCCAGCUUCGGGGCCUUCGACCCCGAGACACAAAGGUUAAUUCACGACUACGGCAAGCUCAAAUACGUACGAUCCGGAUGCGACCUCAUGCACCUCUUCUUCAUGUUCGACGAGUACUCAGACCAGUCCACCCCCGAAGAGGUCUGGCACCAGGCGAGUAUUCAAAUGGAUGCUCUGUGUUAUCCACAUAAGCCCCGUCCCAAGGGCGAAUGGAUCGGUGGCGAGAUCGCACGACAGUUCUGGCUCCGUCUGCCAAAGACAGCCACCAAGACAUUCAAGCGCCGCUUCCUGGAGACGUGGAUCGACUACGUCGAGUCCGUCGCCCAGCAGGCCGAGCACCGAUCCGAGUCCCGCAUCCUCGAUCUCGACAGCUACUUCCCCCUGCGCCGCCACACCUCGGGCGCGCCCUCCACAAUCGCCUUUUGGGAGCUGGACAUGGACAUCCCAGAUCACAUCCGGGAACACCCAAUCCUCCGCAUGCUGGAGACGCUCGCCGUGGAUUUGAUUGUCAUUGGCAAUGAUCUGCUCUCGUACAACAAGGAACAGGCCGUCGGAGACGACGAGCACAACAUUGUGACCAUAAUCAUGGCGCAGUUCCAGGUGGGCGUCCAGGACGCCAUCGACAAGGCCGGCGAGCUGAGCCGCGAGAAGAUGGAGAAGUUCAACGCCCUGUACAGCCUGCUCCCGCGCUGGGUCGGGCCCGUAGAUCUCGACGUCCAGAGGCUGGUGGACGGGAUGGCGCAGUGCGUGAGUGGCGUCCUGCACUGGAGCUACGAGAGCCAGCGCUACUUUGGGAGCCGCGGCAUGGUGGUCAAGAGGACACGCACGCUGCGCUUGUUGCCAAAGGCAAAGAAUGCAAAGAUUGCGACCAUGAGUUUGUAG